CUCCCUCCUCCCUCGCUCCCUCACGGGACCUGUAGCUGUCUUUGUUAGGGUUUGGCCGAUCGAGAUCGAUGCUGCGGUCGCUGGUGCGGGCGGGACGGCCGAUCCGCGCUGCCACUGGAGACGGGCCGGGGGACCUGCUGCGAGCGCGCAUCCGCGACCGUGAGCGGGCGCGGCGGCAGCGCCGGGACCCGUCAAAGGAUGAGUUUUUCGUUCCGACGCCGGAGUCCUCCAAGUGGCUCGACACCGUCUCCUGGCCGAUGGUCCUUGGAGCCGUCGCCCUUACACUUUUUGCCAAGCUUCUCAUGAUGGAGCAUGAUGCCACCUCUCAAGAAAGAUUGGAGCGUAAAAUGAAAGAUGCACCUCCUGAACAAGGAACAAUUAGAAUGCUUUCUCGUGAAGAAUGGGAUGCAAUCCAAGAAGUACGACCCAGAACUCCAUUUGAGUCCAAGUUUGCUCGUGCAAAUGCACGCAUCAGAUCUGGAGAGCCAGUAAAAUUGGAGGAUGUUAAAGAUUGGGCCAUUGAUGUGUUCAGAGAUGCCUUAACAAGAGUAGAAGAAAGUGCCAAACGAAGGUGAACUCCAUGGCUUCACUGCUGCACAUCUUAACCCUCAGAUACCAGAUAACAAUGAACAGAAUGAACCCAGAAACCCACUUGAGGUAGCACAAUCUUCAUUCUUAGAUCCAGAAAUAGCCUCCAAAUCAAUGAUUCCGAGGAACGCAGAAUUCUGAAAUCUAUGUACCAUAGUGUGGCAAUUCUUUGUGAUGAACUUGAAUAAGGGUGCCCAAAUAACUUUUGACGAGUCAGGGUUUACCUUUGAUACAUAUGUUUAUUUUUCAUCUGUUGUUCAAACUUUUCUUAGGAAAAUCACAAGUUAAGUGCUGCUUUUUCCA